UUACCGGUUCGGCUCUAUAGCCAGUCGCCGCAUUUACCGCGCAGGGAGUAGACGUAUUCGCUACUUCGGCACUUACUCCACGUGUAUCCUCCUGAGAAAAUAUUGAUCCAUAUACAGAGAAAAGGACUUUUUAGUGGCACAUCAGCGAACAUCACCAUGUCGAGCGAAAAAAUCACCAAUGGAAUCGAAAGAGCCGAAGAUGGUUUCCGUGCGCAACCAAAGGGUUUCGCUACCAAAGCGAUACACGUGGGCCAAGAUGCGGAGCAGUGGAAGAGUCGUGCCGUCGUGCCACCAAUCAGCAUGAGUACGACAUUCAAACAAUUUGGACCGGCUAAACAUUCGGGAUACGAAUAUGGUCGAAGCGGCAAUCCAACGCGCGAUGUGCUAGAGAGAUGCCUUGCCUCACUGGACAACGGCAAAUAUGGUUUGACGUUUUCCUCCGGUUUGGGAGUGACGACCACCGUGAUCACGAUGCUGAAAGCGGGGGAUCACAUCGUAGCCGGAGAUGAUCUGUACGGUGGAACCAACCGUCUGUUGCGACAAGUUGCCAUGAAAAUGAACAUUGAAGUCGAUUUUGUUGACUGUACCAAUCUGGCAAAGAUUGAGGCAGCUAUUAAGCCAAACACUAAGCUUUUCUGGAUUGAGUCGCCAACAAAUCCCCUUCUAAAAGUUAUCGAUAUUGAAGCGGUCUGCAAAGUAGCACACAAACACCCAGGGGUUGUGGUUGUGGUGGACAACACAUUCCUGUCGGCAUAUUUACAGAGACCACUUGAAUUGGGCGCAGACGUUGUCAUGUACUCCUUGACUAAAUAUAUGAAUGGCCACUCCGAUGUCAUUAUGGGAGCUGCAGUCAUGAAUGACGAAGCCCUAUAUGAGAAGCUCAAAUUUCUUCAGAACGCUGCCGGCAUCGUUCCAUCGCCAUUCGAUUGCUACUUAGUGAACCGCAGCUUGAAGACGCUAGCCAUUCGCAUGGAAAGGCACAAAUCCAACUCCCUGGCCAUCGCAAAAUACCUAGAAACCAAUCCUAAAGUGGAACGUGUGUUGCACCCCGGUCUACUAUCUCACCCCCAGCAUGAACUUGCAAAGAGACAAUGCUACGGACACAGUGGCAUUAUGUCGUUCUAUUUGAAAGGUGGUCUGAAUGAAUCGACGGUGUUCCUGCAAUCGUUGGAAGUGUUCACACUGGCGGAAAGUCUCGGAGGGUACGAAAGUCUCGCCGAAGUGCCUUCAGUCAUGACGCAUGCAUCCGUACCGGCAGAGCAGCGCGCAGAAUUGGGCAUUACGGAUAACUUGAUCAGAAUUUCAGUUGGUUUGGAAGACGCAGACGAUCUGAUCGUGGAUCUGAAACAAGCCCUCGAGAAAGUUUAAGUUUUUAAAAUAUAUUUGUUGAAUUUAAAACAAAAAUAAAAAAAAUCUUAAAAAGCCUAAUCAGAUUUUACUCUAGCAUACCUCAAAACAUUAUUCGAAUAUCGAAAUUUUGAUUUGAAAAAAAAAAUGGCGAGAUACGGCGAUGAAUUACCCUUCUUGGGAUAUUAAGAAAAACUCACAAACAAGAUUCAGGGACAGGGUCAUAUUGACACGGAAAUGUAAAUCGCUUCAAAAUAAACAAAGUGUAAUCGAAUUAUAUACAAAGUUUACAUAUAUUUCAAAAGAUAAACCAGCAUUAUCAAAGACAAUAAUAAAUUCCAGGAAUUUCCAAAACAUUUUUCAACAAUUUUAAUAA